AUGGAGCAACCAAAAAGGGCUCACCCCCGAGGACGUGUCAAACCGAACCUUGCUCUGCUUGGCAAGAAGGUGUUUGUCACUCCGACAGACAAGUCCAGCCAGAACGAAACCGCUGCCGAUGAGUCUCCAUUGCCGGAGAACUCCAACGAGGGCGAACAGAACGUAAGCCUACCAAUAUCUUGCAACACAGAGUGCACUCAAGCAUCGAGCCCAAAGUCAGUUCAGGAAUCUGUGAAUGGGGAGAAGGGCGAUCUCCAUCAAAGCCCUGACCCCAAGGAGUCGGACGUUCAUAGUGCACGUAGCACCCAAACUGCCGAUGCUCCAUCGGGUGCCGGCAACGCCCAGCAACAAGUAUCAGAAAGGUCUGGCUCACAAGUCCAUUCAGACGGUGCUGAGAAUGCAGCCAGUAGCGGUAUGGUCUUUGCCUCCAAUGGUGCCAAUGACGCCCAAGGCGGGUCGGAGGCAGAGAGUUCAGCGACGAGCCAAGCGAAACGUGCGCAUCCUCGAGGGCGAGUAGCGCCAAAGAUCGGAAGCAAAGUCUUCUCAGCUCCAUCGGCCAGCAAAGCAGCAGAACCACCCGAAUCUCCGACAAGGGCUGAGACGAGUGAGACGCAGCUGGAAGUGGUGAUCCUCUUGCGGAUUCACCGGCCCACACCAACCGCCAAUGAGGAGUCAGCUCCAGCUGCUGAUCACGGAGAGCCCGAGGUCAGCUCAAGUCCAGCUGCCCAAGUUGAGGCUGGAUCUAAUCAGUCAGAGCCGUUCCAAAAGUGUUCAAGUCAAAUGCGAAAUCUGCUCAAGACGCUGAAAAAUCAAGAGAGAAAGUCCCUAGCACAGAUCAACAAUUACCGUCAACGAAUGAAGGCGAAUCAGCUGCUGAAGGCUCUGAAAGAGAUACGGUUGCAACAACAAGAGAAGAAGAAACAAUCUCGUCAGCAAGAGGGCGAGAUCCAGCUCAGUCAUCGCGACAAACAGCUUCGUCAUCAGCUGCACGAAACUCGGCUGGAGAGGGGGAGGAACAGUCCUUUGAAUUGGACGCCUUGGCUUCCGCAGGACGUGUGCAUCGGAGGAAACGACGAGGACAAGGCGGGCUCCAAAGAGAAAUCGAAACUCAACGGCAGCUGGAGAUGUUCCCAGCUCGCUUGCAUCGGGACAAGCCGGAAGAAGAAGUCGAAUAAGAAGAAAGCUGCAGCAGAAUCACACAAUGGGGACGGAGACACACAAAACGAUUCAACAACGGGCAAUGAGGGUGCAAGUGUGAAUGGCAAGGCAGCAGAAGGAGGAGCAGGAAAGAAGCGAAAGGCCUCGGCCAAGGGCAAAGGCGUCUCCUCUGAAAGCAACGACCCCAACGCAGAACCAGCCUCAGCUGUGCAGCCUCAGUCACCCACAGCAGACUCUACCUCAGGCAGCACGAGCAAGAAUGUCAACGGGGGCAGGAAGUCAGAGAAACCUCGGAACUCGCGACCUCCUUCCACCCCCGAGAAGUCGGUGGAGCAGCGGACGAUCCGCGAGCUCAUGCGUGACCCUUCCUACGGCAUGCCCAUGUCGGCUGAGGGGCAGGCCAGGGCAGAGAAACGGAGGAAACGAACUGGAGAACCGAACCAGCCGACGAGCUUUGAAAACGACGCGCCGGAGUCCCAAGUCGACAACUCAAGUGUCAUGGCCCCGCAGGUCCGGACGGUCGGGGGGCGCAUAGUGAUCGAUGACAGCAGCUUGACGAUCAGCAAUGCGACUGAGAGCAAUCUCGACAUGUCAGAUAUCGUUCUUGACCAGAGCGGUCGCGGAACCAACGCCUGGAGCAAGAAGAGGAAGCAUUGCGACCGUUGGACGGCAGAAGAAACCGAAAGAUUUUACGUCGGGCUCAGAAAAUUCGGCCUCGACUUCCAGCUGAUCGCCUCGUGGAUGGGAGAUCGGCGAAACGACAGGAGACACGUGAGGAACAAGUUCAAGAAGGAGGAGCGACUCAACCUCGCUAGGAUAAACCAGGCUAUCGCAAACCGCAUGCCCGUCAACGACGAGGACUGGAGGAAGGUGAAAGGACUCGGACCGGAGACGCUCGGACAGAACUCCAAGAUUCCGGCGCAAACGCCAGGAGCAGAGGAGGCUGCAGGUCUUCCAGGAACGCCGAACGCUAUGGAGCACGAGAGCGGAAGCGACUUGCCUGAAGACGAUGCCAACGAGAGCGACGACUAUUGAGAGGAGGAGCGACCUGUGUACUUGUAGAAUACUAUACCGUAACUAAACACCAGCUGCAAGCCG